ACCAAAUAUACCUCUAUUAUUGUUUUCAAGAGAUGAGGGGAACAUGAGCGGAGCCUUCAUUAACGCAUGGGCGAACCCAAGAACAUGAGAAGCCCCUUCCUCGUUCGCUCCUUCCUCGUUCGCCUCUCGUACGGCCGCCCCUUAUACGAUACUACUCCUCUGAUUCAGACGAUUCGGACGAUCCCACUCCAGGAGGAGCUUAUUUACGACGUCCUCCUGCCAAUGAUUUAUCGUCUGAGGAAACCGAGAGGCGACAAGAUCCUGGCGAAGCUAGCUCUGGAGCCGAGUUUGAGUCGGAUAUGGAGGCUAGUUCCGGCUCUGCAGACGAUUUGGGCUCUGCGGACGGUUCUAUGGACGAUUCCCUGGACGAGCUUAGUUCUCUGGACGAGCUUAGCUCUUUAGACGGCUUUAUAGAAGAACCUGGCUCUGCAGACGGUUCUGCGGACGAUUUUGGGUCUGAGGCUAGUUCAGGAGCCUCAGGUGGAGAUGGAGGUGGCUAUUGGUCAGACAGUGACUAUUAAAAGCUGGUCGUUUUUGGGGGUUUUCGUCAAAAGCCCUAUUUCCUUUGUAUACCUGAAUGAGGGCAUUCGGACUUGGUUUCCGGGGGGGUGAUGUAACGGCGCUGGCUGGGCGUGGCUGUCACAUGACUGGUUUCACCUAGCUAGCCGGCGUUUCAGUGGUUUUAGCUAGUAUUUCCCUCCUUUUAUCCCCUUUCCUUCUCUCUCUCUCUCCUUCUUCUCUUUAGCUUAGUAUUUUCAAUA